AUGGUGUUGAUGAUAAGCUGCAGUCAUCGCGCAUGCGUCGGCUGCUUUAGCAAGUACUUCACGAACAAGAUCAAGAGCUGCAGUAUUCUCGAGCUGACAUGUCCGUUCUGUAAGCAGCCCGACCUGGCAGGCGAAGCCAGCGACGAACAGGCUAGCAAAUAUUUCAGUGAUCUCGACGUGCUGCUUAAGAAGAUAGUGGAGAAGGACACCCAUGAGUUGUUUCAGAGCAAGCUUAGGGACUAUUCACUAGAAAGGGAACCGAGGUUUCGAUGGUGUGCGCACUGCUCAUGUGGCUUCAUCGGUGCGGACGCCAGCAGUAUGGCGAUAGAGUGCCCGUUCUGCAGGAAGAAAAUGUGUUAUCGCUGCAGGCAACCCUGGGAACUAAAGCAUGCUAGUCUCACGUGCCAGGAGUUUGAAAGCUGGAAACAGCAAAGGAACCCAGAAUACCAGGCUACCAUGAAUUCGCUUCUUAAGAGGAACAUCAUCGAUUGUCCUAACUGCUCGCUCAAGUUCACACUGGCAAAGGGCGGUUGUAUGCACAUAACCUGUUCGCGAUGCAAGCACCAGUUUUGCAGUGGCUGCAAGAAAACGUUUAUGGAUGGAACAAAGUGUCAAGUGUUCCAGUCUUGCAACAAAGGUCUCCAUGCCCAUCAUCCCCGAAACUGUCUAUUCUACCUGAGAGAUAUAAUGACAGAGGCACUGCAACAACUACUGCAGGUCAACUAUGGUAUCACAUUUCAAAAACGCUUGCGGCAAGCAAGGAGUGCGAACAGUGCCCAGGACUCAUGCAGGGUGCACUACACCGAGUACUUGGCGGAGCUCAUACAGAAGCACGGCAUCGACCCGGCGCCACUGCUCACCGACCGCAAGCUGCAGGCCGUGCUGCAGCGCGAGCGCGUCGCCGUGCCUCGCAUGACCGCGUCCGAGUCGCGCGCCACCUAUUGGCAUCGGCUGCUCGACGAGGUGCAGACGAAGGUCCCGCUCACGUAGACCGUCGCCGCCGUCGUCCGCUCGCGUAGACCGUCGCCGC